AUGCUCUUGAUAUUCUCAGGUUUUCGUCAACUCUCAAAACUCUUCAAAUACUCCUUUGGUUUCAGUUUUGUUGGCCUUGCCUUUAGUGGCUUCCCAAGUUCCGACAGCUUCCAUUUCCUCUCAUGUUCUUGAUAUUUCUGGGGGUCAUCCAGCGGCCGGAGUUCAAAUUUUGGCCUACGUUCAGCAAGAUGAUUCCUGGCUGAAGAUCGGAGAAGAGUAUUGAGUUGCAGAAAGCCUGCUGACCUUUUUUUUGACCGGGUUCAGGUUCACCCAACCUAGCGGUCGCGUUGACUGGGUCUCGCCAAACUACACUCUGGUCCCGGCCGUCUAUCGCCUCAUCUUUCUUACUAAGCCUUACUACGAGUCGAGAGGCGUCAGUACCUUCUAUCCGUACAUUGAGGUCAGAUCUUGGCUUUUAUUUUUCCUCAUUAGAUUCAUCACAGUUGGGACUUUGAAAUGGAAUGCUGUUGUUAAAAAAAAAAAACAAUUUCACCAUUUUACAAUGUUUCAAGCUUCAAGGUCAAUUUUCGAGAAAAAAAUUUUCUGACACAAGCUAGUGGAGAAAGGUUACAAAAAAAAAAUCAAUGAAAAGUCUUUUAUAUGUCUCUUGGUUAGAGAAAUCAAAACAUAGACACCGCACGGCGAGAAUCUAUACUCGAUAUCUUUUGCGGCGUAUCCGAAUUCUCAUGCUGAUGAGGGUAGCCCAUCCGUGCAAAAACGGGGUUCAAGCGGGUGCUCAAACCCGUAUAAGCACAGCUGGUAAAACUUUUGGCAACUUUUAUCCUAGCCGAGGCACCGUUUUAGCCCAGUAGGGUCACCGAUUUUUUCAAAGUAAACACAGCGGGGUAGCCUAUUUUGACACCCGUUGUUCCCCUGCACAACUGGGACUUAAAAAGAUAAGAAAAGACUGCAAUGGCAGAUUUAAAAGUAACAAAGUAGCGCUGGCAAGUCAAAACAUAUCUACGUUGUAGACCACCUCUCAAAACGAUCCUUCUUCCACCACCUUCAUGGUGGUUCUAAUUUUAAAGAAAGUUAUCGAGUUUUAUAUAUAAAAAUCAGAUCAAAUUUUUAGAUAAUCUUUGAGAUCAAAGACGCGACGCAGCAUUACCACGUGCCGCUCACUUUGAGCCCUUGGGGCUAUUCCACCUAUCGCGGAUCCUGA